AAAAUUGGAGGAUAAAGAAUAUUUUAUUAUUCGCAAUCGGGACAAUGUGAUGACCGUUGUUCUUCAAAAUGUAAAUAACAAGAGACAAAUGAACUUCAUCCGUCCUGACACUGUGGUCUUCUUUGGACGAAACACCGCCGAUAAAGAAUCUCAAACCAGCCCUGAAACUCCUUACGAAGACCGCCAAGGAGUAGAAAGAAAUUCAUACAAUAAAAGCCAUAAAGAGCCGUGGGAUGAAUCAUCAGCCGAAGACCAUAUUUGCCCUGCUUGUGAAAACUGUUAUGACUUUUGCGAUGAUUUGAGAGUCAAAAGAGCCACCUCUGUUGAUGAAAAUGGAGACCAAAUAUGCGUAGUUCCUUCUAAUUUAAAAUUGAAAGAAUGGUCUACUGAAACUCAAAUUAGCGACCUUCUUACCAAUGCCCGAGUUCCAAGUUUGUUAUUCAUGGUUGAUAAACAACAUAAAGACAAAGAAGGUAUUGGACCAACCAGUUUUCCUCAACGACAUCCCAAAGACAAAACCAAAUUGAUUUGGGAAGAACUUCCAAAGACUUAUGAAGAAGCACCUCAUCUUCUUAAUCAUUCCUCAGCCCAAUUCAAUUUACAAAGAGACCAGAUUCAAUACCAUCCAAUUUGA